GGUAAGUCUUCUCUCUUUCCUCGUUGCGCAUUCAUGACUUCCUUCUAAUGAGAUUCCUUUCCACCGGAGAGGCAUGCAUGCUAUUGCGCUCUUUGCACCCAAAUGGUGCAUUUUAGGCGUCUUCUGUCAUAUGGCUCAUGUGGUUUGUCUCGCGCGAAGGAAGAAAUGCGAGGCAUAUCGAGGAUCGGAUUUCGCUCUACUAGCAACGAUUUCGGGCAUUUCUGUAGAACUACGGGCGAAAUUAUAUACUAUGAGGCAUGCUCGUGCAAAAGCUGCUGUGAGGUUGAUGAGAGUAACUUCAGAUGUUGAUAGGCUCGAGGCUUGCUCCUGGGUGAGUCAGUCCUUUUUCGUAGUCUUCCAAGCCCAAGUGCUGAUGUGCGAUGGCAGCGACAGGCGUAGAAAGACAGUGACGGGUUCAUUUGCGAUCACAGAAUCUUCGGAAUGCCAUGGUCAUCAUGAUAGACGUACACAGUUGUUGCAACGAGGCAUCCAGAUUUGAAAUUUCAAAAUCCGUUGAAGCUCAUUUUUGAACAUGUUUUUAUAUAAAUGCCACUCACAAACAGUCUCAUAACUGACAUGUUGAUCUUCAAA